AUGUCUUUGAUUACAAGAGAAGCCGGCAAAGUAAGACUUAUCAUUGGGAAUUACGCGUUAUUAAGGAGAAGCUUUACAAAGAAUGAUAUAGAAACGUUUGCAUCUGUUAUAGGAGAUCGAGAUUUGGUACACUUUGAUAGCUCGGCUGCAGCCAAACUUGGCUUUAAUGCAAAUUUUGUUUAUGGGAUGAUGUCAGCUUCACUAAUAACAAAAUUAUUUAGACAGACUUUUCCUGGUGCUGCUUACUUAUCACAGACAUUGAAUUUCACUGCACCUGUGUAUGUGGAUGAAGAAGUCGAAACUAAGGCGAUUAUUGAAGGACUAGAGGUUUCAAAGUCUUCCAAGAUAAAAUGCUUUUUAUCUACAACUGUGGAGAAGGUGGAACAGAAGACAAUUGCAGUAAAAGGGAAUGCUAUUUUGCUCCUACACCCUGAUUUCGCUGAAAUCGUAAAGAAUGAUUAG